AUGGGGUGCGAAGGGUUCUUCUAUUCGCUGCUAAUCACGAUAUCUGCCGCGCUCAUCACCUACAACAUCCUGGUGUCCUCCACCGCGCCGCUCAAGCCCGGGUUCCCAGGUCCCGGGACGUUGAUUGAACCCUCCACCAUCUCGGGAGCCCGUUACGUUGACCCCGUCCUUGAGAUGCCGUCCGAUCGGUCGAAAUCCAGCGAGGGGGAUCGGCGGAAGCGGCUCUUCCACACGGCGGUCACGGCGUCCGACUCUGUGUACAACACAUGGCAGUCCCGGAUUAUGUACUACUGGUUCAAGAAGUUCCAGAACCAGCCGGGUUCUGACAUGGGCGGAUUCACCAGGAUCCUGCACACAGGGAAGCCCGACAAGUACAUGAACGAGAUUCCCACCUUCAUCGCCAAGCCUCUUCCCUCGGGAAUGGAUCAGGUACUAUGCUUCUUAGUAAUUUUCUUUCUCAAUUAUUUCUAAGCGUCGACCAACAAUAUAAGGAACAAGCCAGGCCAGGCCCUGAUGGGUCCGGUCGUUUGGAAGAAUGGGUCUGCGCGUGAAACACUCCGCCUGGGGAGUACAGUCGCAGGAUCGAAACACAAUGGAAUUGAUGGGGGCCUGAACAAGCGGUUCUUGCUUUUAUCUAAGAGAAAAAGCUUGCCUUCUUCAACUGUUUCCGCUCACUGGGUCGCAAAGUUCUGCAUAAACUAUGUCUGCUGAUGCAGGGCAUUUGGCUCAGACAAAGGCAGCUAGUGAAACCAUAUAUGUCCAAAUUUACGUAGCAUUUCACGGAGUACUAUCCAUAUUUGCCAUAAAAAUCAGGUCUACGCCCUUGUGCAAACAUCUGUGCUAGACUCGUCAAUAGAAGGCCGUUGACUAUGCAUCCUGGCUUUCACCAGAAUGAAUGCACCAUGUUCAUCGCCGAUUCUCUCCUUAAGGAGUGGGUCAGGUCCCGUGAACUUGAUGCGAUUUGUUCUUACAUUUAUCUAAUGAAAGAAUUUUCCCAUAUAGCAAGUCUCUUAUUUAGAGCUCGUCUGGCUCUUAACGAGCAGAAUUGAGGGUGAAACAAAUGAAGGUCUAGCUCCAAGAUUCUAAUCAUUUAGGCUCAUUUGUGAAUCCUUGAAAGACUAAAAUUGAACUGCUUUCCCUUCAUAUGAACUGUUACUCGAAUCAUUUUUAUAGUGAAGGAAUUAAGUCAGAUAUGUAAAUGUCUCCUUCAUAUCGAGAUUCUCUGUGUAUAUUUCUUAGCCUGCUUAUGUUUGGAGACAACACCCCCUAUUCUUUAGAUCACUUACGAUAGACGUAUUUGCGCAAUUUCAGGGUUACAUUGUUCUCAACAGACCUUGGGCAUUUGUCCAGUGGCUUGAGAAGGCAGAUAUUCCAGAAGAGUAAGAAAAACUUCAUCAUUGAUGAUUCAGAGACGAUAAAGCCUUUGUAGUCUUUCCGUGCCCUUUUUGUCUGACGGAAGUUAACUCCUAUUGUACUGUGCAGCUACAUCUUAAUGGCAGAGCCUGACCAUAUUAUUGUUAGACCUAUACCAAACCUGUCAAAAGAUGGUCUUGGAGCUGCAUUUCCGUUUUUCUACAUUGAACCCACAAAGUACGAGUCAACGCUGAGGAAAUUCUUCCCUGUUAACAAAGGUCCAAUCACAAGCAUUGAUCCCAUUGGGAACUCCCCUGUCAUUAUCAACAAGGUAUUCUUAAGCAAACGAUUUAAAAGAAAGAUUUUCGGCACUCGGUAUUAUUGUCACAUGUAUUCAUAGUUGUUUCUUCAAAUUUAUCCAGGCAUCUCUGGAGAAGAUCGCCCCUACCUGGAUGAAUGUCUCUUUGGCCAUGAAGAAGGACCCAGAAGCAGAUAAAGCUUUUGGCUGGGUGCUUGAGAUGUGAGGGACUACCCAUCUUCCCUCAGUUUCUUGUUAAUACACUUUAGAAUGAGAGUCCUCUGACAGUUGUGCUAAUAUCUAAAGGUAUGCUUAUGCUGUUGCUUCUGCUCUUCAUGGUGUUGAGAACAUUUUGCGCAAGGAUUUUAUGAUCCAGGUGCUUCUCUUUUCUCUCUCCUUUUACUAAUCACCCUCCAUAUUUUAUCAUAUAACUUACAAUACUCCCCUUUUGGUUGCUGAAGCCGCCUUGGGAUUUAGAAAUUGGGAAGUCGUUCAUUAUUCAUUACACUUACGGCUGUGACUUUGAUAUGAAGGUACCUCGUCCCUUGGUCAAUAUGUCAAAAUUUUGUAUCUAUUGCACAUGUUUACCCCGGCCAUCAGAUAUGCCUCUACUCAUCUGUGUCUGAAUGUUUACGAUUGCUUGCGACAUUCAAUCAAUGCCAGGGCAAAUCAACAUACGGGAGAAAUGGGGAAUGGAGAUUUGAUAAGAGAUCCUUUGAACAUAUGCCGCCCCCGAGGAAUCUCCCACUGCCUCCUAAGGGUGUUCCAGAAAGUGUGGUACGUUAUGGGAUUGAAGCGUCUUUCUAGUUUACUACUAAUGCAAUGAUUUAUCCUACCAUUCCUUUUUUGGUUCAUUUCUUCUUAUUGGUGAAAGUUGAAAUAUGGCCAUUUUGAGCUUGUUAAAUCAGCAUCUUUACCCUCCCUGCAAUUUCUUUGACUUGGAUCAUCCAAGUCAAAGAAAUAUUAGGUUAAAAGCCACACCCGUCUUGUUUACAACCGUGUGGCUCUUCACUCUCACCGAGGUGUAAGUUUUGUUGACGAUAAAGAUGUGGGAUUCUUGCUGAUCUUGUUGGAGACUCAGCUGACCAAUUGACAAUAAAUAUUCUUUCAUUACUUCGAUUAGGACAGCCCACCAACGAUGUAAAGCCUGCAACCCCUCUUGAUAUUGAACAGGGCUUGGGCUUUAAGAUUGAACAGUGAUAUUCAUAAGGUGACCCAAAAACUUAGAUAUCUAUUUCUUUCUUGAACACAUGGUUUACCUUGUGCAAUCUCUCUCUCUCUCUCUCUCUCUCUCUCUCUCAAUAGAAGAUAUUGGUCUUGUGAGAGUUCACUGUCAUUCCCACUGGUUUAAUUCUUUCGUCCUGCUGUUUACAGGUGACCCUGGUGAAGAUGGUGAAUGAAGCGACGGCUAACAUCCCCAACUGGGGAACCUGA